CCUUUCACUUCCGGCCCCGCCUGUUUCUGGCCCUUGCACUUCCGGCCCCGCCUGUUUCUGGCCCUUGCACUUCCGGCCCCACCUGUUUCUGGCCCUUGCACUUCCGGCCCCGCCUGCUUCUGGAACUUUCCAUUUCCGCCCUGCCUCAGACCCGCUGACUACUCGCACCUCAGCUUCUGCUGGGAGCCGUUGGCCGACUACUUUCUCAGCCACCAUGGGGACACCAGAAAGACCUUGCAGAGGUACCUCUCCCCACUGCCCCAUCCGUACUCCACAAUCUCGCUCUCACUUUGCAGCCCUCGCGGCCUUUAUGCUCAGCUUGCCCGGCGCGGUUCCACAGGCCUCACGAAACUAUCACCCGGAUUGUGAGGCCUGGGUCAACGUCCAGAUCCAGCUGCAGCUUUAUGCCUCCUACGUCUACCUGUCCAUGGCGGUCUACUGCGAACGCUUCAACGUGGCCCUGAAGGACUUCUCGCGCUUCUUUCUUCACCAGUCUGACUGGUGGAGAGAAGGAGCUGAGAAGUUCAUGUGGAUGCAGAACAAGCGAGGUGGGCACGUCAUCCUUCGCGACAUUGUUGAGCCCGACUGCACCGACUGGCAGGGCAGCAUGCAGUGUGUGGAGAACGCCAUCUAUCUGGAAAACAUUCUCAAAAGGAGCCUCCAGGUGCUGCAGAACAUGGCAGCCAGCAAAGAUGACUGUGAACUGCGUGACUUUGUUCAGAGAAACUUCUUGAUUCCCCAGGUUACAAUCUUCAUUAAGUUGGAAGAGUGCUUGAAAAACCUAAGCGAGAUGGGGUUUCAGAGAGAGGGCCUGGAGAACUGCUUUCAUUGGCUCAACCUGGACGAUGAUGACGGUGGCGGCAGCCACGAAGAGAACUGAGCGUGAACUGUUGGCAGGGCCAUGGGGUUUUCCCUGGGUCACCAGGCAGGGCACGCACACCUCUCCUAAAACCUCGUUAUUUCACCUAUUUCAGUGAUAC